UUAAAAUGGCCGACAUCGGAAGACUGCCCCUGGUGGCAGGCUUAUUUUUGUUUGUUUUCUUGACAUGGAGAGAUCUAUCAAUGACAGAACAAAGCUCUCAUGUUGGGAAAGAUAUCAAAGCACCUAAAUUUUCACAAUUUGCCACACCAACGAUCAAGUUCUUGUUCUGCUACUCCUGAGGGUAUAAGCGGGUCUUUGAGCAGUACACAAGCGUGUUGCACGAGAAGUUUCCGCAUGUGGCGGUUGAGGGAGAUAACUAUCCUCCUCCCGCUAUGAGGUCACUUCUUGCUCAAGGACUCAGUGUUUUAAAACUGGCCCUGAUUGCUAUGGUGGUCCUGGGCCAGGAUCCUUUCCCUCAUCUCGGCAUGGAGACUCCAUCCAUUUUCAGUUGGGCUGUACAAAACAAAGUUUAUGCAUGUUUGAUGAUUUUCUUCAUAAGUAAUGCCAUAGAAGGACAGCUUAUUUCCACAGGCGCCUUUGAAAUAUCAUUUAAUGAUGUACCAGUUUGGUCAAAAUUAGAAACUGGUCGUAUACCUUCAGCAGCGGAAAUGUUUCAGAUUAUUGAAAACCACAUGCGAUUUGGUCAGUCCCAAACUACUUAACAAUGGUGAACCCAUCCGGUGCAGCCCAAGUCAUCCUCAUCGUCAUUCAUUACCUCAAACUAUGUGCCCAAUGACUUGCCAGAGUUACAGCCCCUGAAUACUCUCCUGGGUGGAAAACAUGGAGGAAACUGACAGAAUGAAGGUGCACAUUUAAAGUUGCCAUGGCAACACUUGUGUGCUGGAGAAAUAGUCGGUGUUCCACUUUGUUUUUCUUGCCCAUUAAUUCUCUGUUGCUGAACAUCUGCACGGUCGUCGGACAUUUUCAUUGUUUAUAUUAUAUAUGUUCAUUGUAUUAUAAAGAUAUAGAUAUAUCCAAGCAGUGCAGUUUUUGUACAAUUAAAUGUUGAUUUUUAAUCUGUAUAUGAAGAAUUACAAAGGAUGUAUAAUCAGGCAUUGUACAACGUUGUGGAGCGAUGUUUAAAUUUAUAAUGUUAAUUGAGUGUUAUUAUUAUUAUUAUAAUUGUAUAUACAUGUACUUGAUUUAAUCUAGCAUUAAGAUAAUUUCGCAAAGUGAAAAUGGUUAAAUUUUAAUGUCUUCAACGCUAGAAAACUGUGUAAUAAAAGACAAUAAAAACAAAUUAUUUUCUUUUUAUUGAAAGGAAUAGACUUCUUAUAGAUGUAAAUUUAUUGUACUUGAAUUAAAAUGGAAUUGUCUGCAAGCUAUUACUUUAUGUUUUUUGCUACACAAAAAAUAUCAUUUAAGUGCAAUCAUGCUUCUGUUAUUGUUAUUGCCAGUUAUUUUUGUAUGCCCAUGUGUGUGUAAUUGAUAUAUCAGUGUAUGAGACAUUCCUUCAUUUGCUCCAAGUGUGGAAGACUAAAUCAUAAGUAUUUUUUAGGAGGAUGAAAUUAUCAUAAAUGACAGCAAUUGCUUAUCUUCGAUUUUCAGCUUAUUUCAAUGUUCAUGUAAUACAUGUAUAUAUCAAUCCUGAAAAAUGGUUAAAAUGUUAAGAAAUUUAUUAAGACUUGAAGAGUAAGUAUAAUUGUAAGAAUAAACCAGGGCAAGCUAGUAGCCUAACAUUUAUUCAAAAUUAAAUAAGAAGGCACAGGGAUCUGAGCCAAACAAGAGACACUUGCUACCACAAGGCUUCAAACUAGUCCAUAUAAACAGCCGCUUCAGAGUCUUUGACGAUUUUUGGCGACUCUGUGCGUCCAUAUCCCACUUGUUGUUUUCACAAACAGCCAACAAUGACAGAUCCCAGCGCUAAAUAUAUUCAGCGGAAAGUUAAAGGGCACCUGCUAGAAAGUGCUAAAAUGGUAAUACUUUCUGACAGAAGUCGAUCUGAAUUAGUGUUCCAUGAAACACUUAAGUGUAAUAAGAGAAAGGUAUUGGCUAAAAAAAUUAAUGUGUAACUUUUGUGUUUCUAUUUAUGAUGAAGUGUUAGGUUUUGCGAAGUUACAGUUGAAGAAAAUAUAUUACAUUGGUAUGAAUCAGUCGACUUGUGGCGUUUAAGGAACAAAAUGAAUAUCCAAAUGUGAAACAAAGUUUCCUAAAUGUGCAUUAUUGUGGCUAGGCUUCAUACAUGACAUACAUGUCAUACUGUUUCCUUACUGUAAAUCUUAAAGAUGCACUCUUACUCCCAAAUCAGAUUUACCACAAAUAAUAUCAUUGUUUUAAUAUACCAAAAAUGGAUGAAUAAAUGUAGAAAACAAUGUUUUUUUAUAAAGGACACCAAAUUUAAUUUGAAAAUAAGGUGCAAAAAUACACGGUAUUUCUUCCUUGUGAGACAAUAGUAGAUUGCAGUAAAUCUUUUAGCACUCACCAAUCAUUUUAUAAUUUUGCGUUUUAAGCUAUUUAAUACACGGUUACAAUCUUGUUAUCAAUAAAUUAGUAUUCUCCAUAAAUGCAUUAUUUAGUAAGUAGUUAAAGGUUUAUCACUCAAAAUUUAUGUUUAUUAUACAUGUGUAUGCAAUGAUUUUGAAUAAGAGUGUCACUUUAAUAUAUUUUCACUGACUCUGCCAUUAAUGCAGGUGGAUAAUACAUUCUGAGCGGGAGUGGGUGGGGGGACAAAUUCUGAUUACACUUGAAGGUAUUUUUCGUGGGUAUGUGAGACGGUGUCUAAUUUGUAAGUUAUUGUUGGUAGUAUGUGUUAAUUGUUUCUCCUGUUUACAAUAUCUGCCUACCACUGGGAAUCAUGUUUUUAAUUUUUUGUUUGUUGUAAAUGUAUAUGUAUUUUUUUACAAGUUGUAUUGUAAUGUUAAUUGAAGAACAUUGGUGGAGAAUUCCAAAAAAGAUAGUUUGUAGCAGGACAUGAUUUUUGAGAAUUUUCAUUUAGAGUGAUAAAGUCACCAUUGUUAACUUUCAAAAGUGAAAUUUUUGAUGAUGCCCUCAUAUAUUGGAACAAAACUAAACAGUUGAUUUAAAUCUUAUUAGGAAUACAGUUAACUACAAAUGUAACCAUUAAACAUCCAGAGCAGUAAAUAUUUGAAAGUUAACAAUGAUGAUGUUAACAACUUUGUUAACUUGAACAUUUUUUUUAAGUUUUGAAUAAUUGGUCCAAUUUUUAUUAAAUCAAAAUGGACGAUGUUGCAUUUAAGUACUCAAAUAUUUACCGAAAAAUAAGUAACUAUGCUGGCAUUGCCUUUAGAUAAGAAAGUGUUGGCUUGUUAUGAAACAUUGUGUUAUUUACAUAUUAGAACUUAGCUUUUAAAGAACUAUAUGCCACUUCAUUUGAACAUGUUUGUGUGUGCAUGCAUGCGUGCAUGAGUGCGUGAUCCAAUCUUAUAUAUUUGUUCUGAAUAAAUGCCUAACCAGUC